AUGAUAUUCCUCUACAUUGCUAUCCUCUUCAACAUUGUGUGGGCAUUAAAUGCAUUUUCUAUCCCAAAUGUUAACACAACCUUCUCCCAGGUGUCUAAGCCGUUCAAACUUCACGUUAACCGAGACUUCAUCGAAGACACAAGACAGCGUGUCCUGCGCGCCAGGUCCCCCGCUUUCAUAGAGACAACAUACGAGGGUCCAACCAUGGAGAACUUUACGAACGUUCAGCAAUAUUGGGUCCAUCGAUACAACUGGAGCGCUGUCGAGGAGUCUAUCAAUAAAGGGCGACAAUUCACAAUCAUUGUUGAGCCGACAAUAGGCAACGACACCAACGCAAUCCCGCUACAUUAUGUUCAUCACCGCUCGCCGCGCGAGGAUGCUAUUCCUCUCCUCUUCAUCCACGGCUGGCCAGGCUCAUUCCUCGAGGUCAGCAACGUCAUAAACGACUUGACUCACCCGCCUAACAAAUCCGUCCCGGCGUUUCAUGUGGUCGCUCCAUCAAUACCGGGAUUCGGAUUUUCCCCUGCACCUCAGCACCCUGGAUUUGGCCCUACCCAUGCUUCACAUGCCUUUAACGAAUUAAUGCAGCAACUCGGCUACGUGAAAUACGUCAUACAGGGCGGAGAUUUUGGCGGCGUCAUUCUUCGUUUCCAGGCACAUUUGUUUCCGAACAACGUCGUAUCUGCAUUGAGCAAUUUCUGGAUCAUUCAGCCAGAUCAGAGAGAUAUUCGCAAACUUGCAGAAGGAGUAGCAACUCCUGAUGAAAUAGCGUACAUUGCGACAUUGGAGACUUAUAUCAGCCAGGCAUCUGGCUAUCGCUUGAUACAAGAGACGCAGCCACUCACAGCGGCCUUUGCGGUGUCGGAUUCUCCGCUAGGUAAUGCCAUGUGGAUUUACGCCUUGAUGGCAGAAGUCGUCGAUCCAGCAAUCAAAGUCUGGACCCCAGAAGAGAUAAUUACCUGGUCGAUGAUGUACUACAUCCAAGGACCAUAUGCCGGUAUGCGCUUCUACAGGGAGGUGGCUGAAGAUGGUGCUCUUGACGGGCUUGACUUUGGCACUCUGCCGUUGGUGGAGAUACCAGUGGCAAUCAGCCAGUUCCCUUUUGAUAUCACCUAUCGACUGCCUCUGGAUUGGGCGACGCGUGGUGGUAAUGUGAUCAAGAGAAACGUUCACGACCAUGGCGGUCACUUUGCAGCCUACGAGGUGCCCGAUCUACUGCUCUGGGAUAUCCGCGAGUGGUUCGGCGAUCGAGAAGUCUCCGGGACGAAAGCGUUCGUCGACUGA